UAUGAGUGUGUUUUGUAUAAAUAUUGACUACAUAACGACCUUAGGAAAGAAUCUAGAUUAACGAGAAAACAAAGCAAAAAUAAUAAAAUAAAAAAUCAAACUUCAGGUUUAUAGCUGUCCAUAUACUAUCAUUAUUCCUCCCAACCCAAAUUUGCCUUUGCAUUAUUUUUCAAGCAAGAUGACAAAAAUCACAUGCCACUCUUAUCAUUUCCACAUCUUAAAGGCCCGUUUUUAAAUAAAUCCUUAUAAAUUUACUACCCCACUCCUUUAUUUCUCUUUGUCAAAUCUCUUCUUUUUUUUCUUUCUCCAACUUUCUCUAGAAAAUUCCUAUUUUUCUCACAAAAAAAGAAAAUGCCGAAAGUGAAAUCUUUCUCCAUUCUGUUGAUUCUUUCAAUUUUCUUCGUAGUGAUGACGGUGUUGGUUUCAUCGCCGGCAGCGGAAGCUAGUGGGGUCCACCAGCUAGGCUAUUUUCCAUUGACAGUGUCGUCGUCUUCUUCACCGAUCUGUGACGGUUCUAUCGGAGAGUGUUUGGCUGAAGAAGGAAGUGACGAAGAGUUCUCUGUUGACUCGGAGAGCACCCGGCGCAUGUUAGCAUACCGCCGGAGAUACAUUAGCUAUGGUGCGCUUAGUAGGAACAGAGUACCGUGCUCAAGGAGAGGAGCUUCGUACUACAAUUGCCGUCCCGGAGCUCAGGCGAAUCCUUACCGACGUGGAUGCAGUGCCAUCACGCGCUGCCGCGGUUAAAAACAACGCAGUAAAUUCUCCAUUUACUGUAUUUACAUUUUUUAUUACUGCCGACUGGUAAAAGUUAUAAAUUCUUUUUGAGCUUUGUGUGAUGAGUCUGUUAUCGACGCGUAUGGUUUAAGGUAAUAUUAUUGAUGAUGUAUUUGGGAAUUUUGUGGUAGAGAACAUUCUUGUAGUUGUUGUAUGAUGAUGUUGUAAUACUCCUAUUGAUUUAUCAUGCCACUUACUAUAAUAUUUGAAAUAAAUGAUGUUUUAACA